AUGCAGGGCCCUCGAAAUGGCUCGACGACUCUCUCGACAAUCCUGCUCGUCACAGCGAACCUCCUGAUCCCAGUUGCGAUACUUGUCUUCGCAACAGGGUUUUUCCCUUACAAGCCAUUGCUCCCGGGUCUCGCAGCCUACGACAACUCCAAGUAUGGACCGCCACCAGCUGCGCCAUUCGACCGGGUGGUUUUCAUGGUUGUAGACGCACUGCGCAGUGACUUUGUGUACUCGACCAACUCGGGCUUUCGAUAUACACAGUCUCUGAUACGUGAUGGAUGCGCGAUACCCUUCACGGCGCACGCGACGUCGCCCACGGUCACGAUGCCGCGCAUCAAGGCCAUCACGACCGGAUCGAUCCCAUCCUUCCUGGACGUCAUACUGAACAUUGACGAGGGAGAUGAGUCGUCGUCACUGGCUUCUCAGGAUACGUGGCUUGCGCAGAUGAAGGCAAAAAAUACCGGCAAGCUGAUCAUGUACGGGGACGACACCUGGCUGAAGCUGUUCCCCAAUUUCUUUGACCGUGCGGAUGGGACCUCGAGCUUCUUCGUCGCUGACUUCACCGAGGUGGACAACAACGUCACAAGGCAUGUCGCGGGUGAGCUCCAGAAUGACGAAUGGAACACAAUGGUAUUGCAUUACCUCGGACUGGAUCACAUAGGCCACAAGGGUGGACCACGCAGCUCGAACAUGCUUCCAAAACAGGCCGAGAUGGAUGGUAUUGUGGAACAAAUCUACGCCGCAAUCGAAUCGCAAUCCCAUCUUGAAUCAACAUUGUUUGUACUACUAGGGGACCACGGUAUGAAUGAUGCCGGAAAUCAUGGUGGCUCAGCACCGGGCGAGACUUCUCCAGCGUUGGUGUUCAUAUCCCCAAAGAUGAAGUCACUGAAGACCAGAUUCGAUGUGCCCUUGGAGGUUCAAGAGGACUUUGAAUAUUACUCCGUUGUUGAGCAAUCUGAUCUUGCUCCGACCCUCGGGGCCCUGCUCGGUUUCCCUGUGCCAAAGAACAACCUUGGGGCAUUUAUCGUGGACUUUUUACCAUUUUGGUCCAGCAGGGACGACCAGAUACAGAUUCUCAUGCGCAACGCUGAGCAGAUCCUGACUAUUAUCACCACCACAUUCGGAGCAGAGCUCUUCGAUGCGAAAGGUGGCGUGGACCCUUGCCUCCAGCAGGACACCGAAAUUCAAAAGCUGGCCUGCGGCUGGCGUCGAGUCGCUGAGUCUGCUGGAACCAUGACAAGCAAUAUCGAUGUAGACGAGAUAUGGAUUUCCACCAUGUCAGAAUGGCUGAGAAAUGCGCAGGGCCUCUUGAGCAGCAUGGCCAGUAAUUAUGAUAUGGCGAGGCUUUCCCUUGGCCAAGCAGCUGCCGUCACGGCUACACUUCUGGCCGUGUAUGCGACGUACUUGAAUGCUGGAAAGCUCUCAAUGAGAGCUGUGCCUCUGACGGUCAUCACUACCUCAUAUGGCGUUAUGAUGUUUGCCAGUAGCUACGUGGAAGAGGAGCAUCACUUUUGGUACUACGCAACAACAGCUUGGCUCGCAUUCAUCAGCAGCAAAGGCUUCCACGCAACCUCGAAGUCUGGAGUAGGGCAAGCUGUGGCAGUAGCCACUGUCGCCACGGUGACGCGGAUCAUCAGGGGAUGGAAUCAAACGGGCCAGAAGUUUGCCGGAGAGCCUGAUAUUGUCAAAUCCUUCAUUGUCUCCGAACCAAUCCGUCUCUGGGCUCUCAUCAGCAUAAACUACCUCUGGAUCCACCGCACGCUUCUGCAAGGCUUCGACGGCCUGCCCGCCUCCCUCGACAUCUUCGGGAGUACAGCCCUAGUCCUGGCCGGCUUCACAUUUAAGCUCGCCUUCACCAACGAAGAUGCCCCUGAGCUCGUCACCGGCUUCGCCCGGUCCCUUGUGGGUGUCACGGAAGGCAUCUCACUCGUCUCGCGUGCACAGGCAGUCUUUGUCGGGCUGGGGCUCGGCGCUGCGGUCGUGGUGUACUACAUCGCCACCAACAGCAAGGUGUCGAAGCGCGCCUCCGCCGUCGAGACCUUGCAUCACCUAUACACGCUGCUCGCCAUGACGCAGUCCCGCGCGACGAACAUCCCCUUGUUCCUGCUCUUAGACAUCCAGUACAAGUUCCUCGCGGCGCAGGACCUCUCCCUCGCGGAGCUGUCGACCACGUCGCUCCUACUCCAGUAUAUGUCCUUCUUCGCCCUGGGCGGCACCAACGCCAUCUCCAGCAUUGACCUAUCUAGUGCUUAUAACGGCGUACGGAACUUCGACGUCUUCACCGUCGGCGUGCUUACGUUCGUCAGCAACUGGGCCGGCCCUCUGUACUGGGUGUCCGCCACCAACGUGCUUCUGGUGCGCAAGAGGAAGACUGGUGUAGAGAGAAACGUGUAUAAGCGCCAUGUGACGCUAUUGACUGUAUUUGCGGCAGCGAGUGUGGGCUCCGUGAUGGCAGCGUGCACGGCGCUAAGGACCCACUUGUUCAUCUGGACAGUGUUCUCACCCAAAUACCUGUAUUGCAUGGCUUGGAGCUUGGGACAGCAUCUGGUCGUGAAUGUUGGGCUGGGCGGUUUGUUAUACUGGCUGGGCUCGAGACAGUAA